UGAAGCUUUGACUUAAGCUAUCUUCCGUGACUUUUUGUAUAAACUAUAUACACAUAGAUGAUGGAUAUUUCGAACUAUUUAUGUGAAAAAAAACACGGUUGGUGUUAGAAAGGAGAAAAAAUAACAAUUUUUAUGAAGUAGGAAAUUUUAUAUCAAAUCUCUUUGGAAAUGUUUCGAGUCAAAACAAACUCCAGAUUAAGGUAUAACUGAAGAAAAUACAAUAUGCUGAAUUUUACUAACUCGAGUCAUCAUUUUCGUGAACCUGAGUGGAUGUCAAUCGCUCUCCAUCUCACCAGCUCAGUUACAUUCAUGGUUGGAUUUCCUAUAAACAUCAUCAUCAUCAAUCUUGUUGCCCGACGUGAUUCAUUAAGAAAUUCGACAAAUUUUUUCGUCAGCAGUUUAGCCGUCGCCGAUUUGUUAGUGUUACUAUGGAUGAUGAUAUGGAUCAUUGGGACGCAUGCAUUUGCCGCGUCGACGUUAAGUCGCUAUAUUUACUCGUCACUGGAUAUUUUCUUGGGUGUUGCAAGCAUGCUUAAUGUGGCAUGCGUCAGUGCAGAUCGCGCCAUCGCUGUCUCGUAUCCUUUAACUUACGAGAACUUGUUGACGAAAAAGCGAUCAUUUAUGCUUAUUUCAUUUUGCUGGGUCUAUGCCUUUGCCCUCUUAGGAGGUGCAUUACUACGAUAUCAGUUCCGAAAUCGCUUAUACAAUAAAGUAAUUCUUUAUCUCGGCUUUAGUAGCUACUUCGUACCUGUUUUUAUUAUCAUCACUAGUUACGUCAUCAUAUUUCUAAUUAUCAUUCACAAGCUUAAAGGUUUUCGAGAGCUGGAAAAAGUGAUGUCAAACGCAAGACUUGUUUUCAAUAACCAAGAUCCGUCUGAAAGAAGACGCCGUCGUCGGAGAAAAUUAUUGCGCGAGCUAAAGGUGACUGGUAACGUGUUGUUGAUUGUUGUACCUUUCACAGUUGGUUGGACGUUUUUUAUCGGGACACACUUUUACGAGACCGUAAACAAAGUGAAACUGACGAAUGACGGAUACAACUUUUCCCUUAUCAUCAUUCCUUGGAUUAUAUCCGGAUUAAACCCAAUUUUGUAUCUUCUCUUAAACCGCUCACUCAGACGAGCUUUUAUAAGCUCGUUUCGAAAAGUGUUUAAAUGCGACAAAAAUCCCUUCGAAGAAUCUCGCUUCAGUAUAUUGGCGUCGUUUUCACGACGUGCAUCGAGUGUAUUUCGCCGUGCAUCAGCAAGUAUUGACGAAGAAAAUGGCUUUCUAAACGUACCAAAAAUUACCAAUCGACGACGAGAAUCGCAUUCAAAAUCGUCAUGUGAUGCAACCGCACGUGAAGUAGAAACAGCGUUUCCACACCGUGAAGAACGUGAGGAAAUUGUUCAGUAUGCUACCGUUGUUUAGCUCCCCC